AUGUCGAAUUACGUCCCAUUGGACGCCAGCAGCGUGGGAGCGUACUUGAAGAUGUUUCAAAGCGGCGGCCAUGAAGACUUGGAAUGGCACAUCCUUUGGAUGGUGUGCGCCUUCGAGCACCUUUGGGUGGCGGAGGCGCACCCAUUGGAGUUCACGGCCUUCAAGGGGAGUAUGAAGGCCCAGUGCCCUGGAUGGGUCGUGGACGUGGGGUUGAUUGCGCGACGAGGAGACGAGGCGAUGUUGGAAUACAUCAGCAUUUUCGUCUUCUCGUUGGUGGGGCGAGAACGAGGUGGUCGGCGCGGGAAGUGGCCGACGACGACAACGGAGUUGGCCAAUGCGCUGACUAACUUCGCAAUGAACCGGCACGCGAAGUGCCAUCGUCUUCAAGGCGCCGUCGUCGCACGGAUCGCGACGCGCGUAGUAUGGCGGCUCGAUCAUGAGUUGCGCCGUCGCUCAGGGCAAAUCGACGACCUGAUUGCGUCCACCGAACGUCGACGAGUCGGUUGGGCUCCUGCACGGCGGGUGGAAGGCCGCAAGAUGGAAGGCAGUCCGUCGACUGCGUGGGCGGCCACGCCGGCAAGUCGGAAGGCGGCGCGGUGCUUCGAAGUGCAGGGGGAUCCCUAUGCGGGGUAUUAUCCCGCUCCGGUGCCGUUGCCGAACUUCGUCGGCCAAGAGGAUGACGGUGAAGAAGAGGAGCCGCGGGACGCGAGCGAGCGGCUUCCAUCGUUGCAUCGUCGUUGGUAG